AUGGAUGGGAAAAUCCGGCAGAGCCGGAGGUCGAGGUCGCAGCGGGACCGCGUGCGGCGGCGGGAGGCGGCGGCCCGCGACCCGCGGAACCAGAGCCCUUCCUCGGGCUCCGAGAAGGAGCCGAGCCCCGGCAAGGAGAACGGCGGCCAGAACUGCACCGCCCCGCGGGGCCCGCCGCCCGCCGCCCGCGCCGCCCGGCCCCCGCGCCGCCGCCGCCGCGAGUCCAGCUCCCAGGAAGAGGACCUGAUCGAUGGCUUCGCCAUAGCCAGCUUCAACACGCUGGAAGCCCUGGAGAAGGACAUGUCACUAAAACCUCAGGAGCGGAAGGAGAAAUGGGAGAGGCAUCCAGGAAAGAAACCUAGAGAAUCUGAAAACUGUGUGUCUGCUGAGCCGAGUGAAAAUGGCCACAACAAUGAUGCUGGGAGCUCUGAGAGAGAGGCAGAAAGAGGCAAAGAACGGAUGAAGAAGAAACUCCCCUUGAAGCUGUCCAAACAGAUGAAGGUCCCUACAAGCAGAAGUGGCAGAAAUAGCGAGGAAGACAGCAUCAGGGAGGCCACAAGCUCUCAGCGGAGCAGCUCAAGGGACCGUCUCAGUGAUAGUUCUGCUCAAUCGCUUUCAGGAAGAGGCUACUCCUGUGACAGCGAGAGUGAUAUUGACGAUAAGACCGCAACGGAACUGGAGCUGACUCGUAUCAGGAGUGCCUUGAUAACAAGCAAGGCUUCUGUAGGCUCUGAGAAGCUGUUCUCCCCUGCAGCAAAUAAAGGUCCCACCUUGAAUGACAAGCCAGAAGCAAAAGCAGCCAAUGUCCCAAAGGUGUCUGGGCUAGAGCGGAGCCGGGAGCUGAGCACCGACGUGCCCUUCGCCCUGCCUAUCCCCAGCCCCCAGCCAGUAGCUGCCGUUGUGACUUCUACUUCCUCAGCGCCCACGUCAAGCGCCAGAGCAAGCCCACUGUUGAAGAAGGAGCCAGUGAUUUCAGCACCAGCACCGCCAAGGCUCACGCCUCAGCCGCAGCCUCGGCCACAGUCACAACCUCAACCUCGCCCACAGUCGCAGCCUCAGUUAAUACCUGAGCUUCGGACCCAGCCUCCGAGUCACAUCCCUCCACCUCUCAAUUACCAAGUGCAUCACCAGGUGGCCCACAACGGACUCAAUAAUAUCAGCCGGAGCAGCAGUGCUAGCAGUGCAACGAGCAUCAGCCUCCCGAAACACCUUCCCCUCUCUCCCCAGAUUCCUCCGCACCAUUCCUCCGGCCCAGCUCUGCCCCUCUCCAUCUCUAAUCUUGCUACCUCGCACUUCUCUCUCAGAUCGCAGACCCAACACCAGCACCAUCCGGCCAUGUUCGCCACCCCACCCACGCUGCCACCUCCACCAGCGUUACCUACCAACAGCCUCGUGAUACCAGGUCACCCGGCAGAUACCAGCCUGUUGAUAUCAUUCAACCAACCAAUCAUGUAUUGCCAGCCUCAUUCGGGGAUUCUGAUUGGUACUUUGUCACAGGCAUCUCUCUUACCUCCACCAAUGAGUCCUCACGUAGAAAACCACCACAGCAUGACCUGCAGAAACAGGGAAUGCCAGGUGAAUAUUGACUCUUUCUCCUCCGUCUUUGUGGUACUCACAGGCCCACGGGCCUCUGUGUCUUUUUUUUUUCUCUCUCUCUCUCCUCUAGAUCACGAACUGCUCAGGCAAGAGCUGAACAACCGGUUUUUGGUUCAGAGUUCGGACCGGGCCGCUGCCUCACUUGGCCCGGUGCCGCUGCUGAGAGCGGAGUUUCACCAGCACCAACACACGCAUCAGCACCAACACACCCACCAGCACACAUUCACUCCUUUUCCAUCCAGCUUGCCCCAGACGCCGCUCAUGCCGCCCUCUGCACCUCCCAUGGUGCGUACCCCAGCCCAAAAUUUUGACAAGUACGCUCCCAAAUUAGACAACCCUUACUUUCGACAUUCCAACUUCUUUCCAACCUAUCCUCCAGCAAUGCCUGGAAUGCCACCCAUGCUUCCACAUUCAGGUCCCUUUGGGUCACUUCAGGGAGCAUUUCAACCGAAGACUUCAAACCCUAUUGAUGUAGCAGGUAGACCAGGCACAGUCCACCAUACACUGCUGCAGAAGACUCCAGGGGUGUCAGACCCUUAUAGGCCUCCAGUAAGAGUAAGUAAGAAACCCGGGAAGUGGUGUGCGGUUCAUGUACAGAUCGCCUGGCAGAUCUACCAUCACCAGCAAAAGAUAAAGCAAAUGCAGCUGGAUCCCCACAAGCUAGAGAUAGGUGGUAAACUUGACCUGUUCAGCAGACCUCCCGCCCCUGGAGUGUUUCCAGGCUUCCAUUAUCCACAGGAUCUUGCCAGGCCUCUGUUUUCUACCACAGGUGCGACACAUCCAGCCACCACCCCUUUUGGUCCUUCACCUCACCACAGCAGUUUCCUGCCUACCAACCACUUGGCAGAUCCAUUUAGCAGGUCAAGCACCUUCAGCGGCCUUGGGAACUUAGGCAGCAAUGCCUUUGGAGGAUUAGGCAGUCAUGCUCUGACUCACAACAACAUUUUUACUCACAAAGAUGGCCCAAACCUGCAGAAUUUCAAUAAUCCCCAUGAGCCAUGGAAUAGACUCCAUCGGACGCCACCGUCCUUCCCAACACCUCCACAGUGGCCCAAGCCCACCGAUUCCGAGCGAAGCUCCUCAGUGACAAACCAUGACAGAGACAGAGAGCGGGAGCGAGAGCCCGAGAAGAGGGAUCUUUCUCUGAGUAAAGACGACAGAGACAAAGAGAGAGACCUCAUGGAUAAAAACAGACAUUCAAACAGAUCCUCACCGGCAUCGGCUCCAGUGACACAUCAGAUAAGCAAUCUCAUCCGCAGCAACAGCCAAACCUCCAGUGAUCCCAUCAGGCAGGUUAGCCUCAGUGAAAGGGAAAGGUCCAAAGAACCCGAGCGAGAGCACCCUGACCGGCUGAGAGAGCCGCCCAUAGCAGAACACAAGAUUAAAGAGAGCCGUUCCCCAGUGAAGGAAACUCCAAGCCAUGAUAAGAGACCCUCUGAGGACAACACAAAGCCAGUAAUCCAGUCUGUAUCCCCAUACAGCAAACCUGCACUAAGUGAGAGCUUGAAGCUUACCAAUCUAAUGAGCAAGGACAUGGAGAGAAAGACAGAGCUUCCCAGCGACCUCCAGAAGAUUAAGAAUGACAUCAAAGUCAAAGAGGAGAGGAAGGAAGACAGUGACGUGCUGGUGGUAGGGUCUGAGCCUUCACAGCACUCCCGAUCAGUGGAGCAUCCCCCACCACCGACUUUGCAUGGAUUAUCAUUGCCUCACUCGAUGGCUGCCUCUAUGCCCAUCUCCAUGGGCAGCGUGCACCAGAUGAACAACAUGAAUGUUCUGGACCGCAGCAGAAUGAUGACCCCACUCAUAGGCAUGAAUCCUUUGUCAGGAAGAGAGAGGCUGCCACAUCCCGGAUUUUCUUGGGACCCGAUGAGGGACCCAUUGCGAGAUGCCUACCGGAGCUUAGACCUGCACCGUCGAAUGGACUUCCAGCUCCGGACGGAUCCUAUCCAUAGGUUCCCUACCACCUCUGGAUUUUAUGACCAUGAGCGUUCUUAUAGAGACAGGGAGCCACACGACUAUAACCAUGAAAACCUUCUUGAAGCCCGCCGAGAGCAGGAGCGGUUGCGGCAAGUGGAGGAAAGAGAGCGCUUGCACUUACGGGAAGAACUUGAGCGUGCCAGAAUGCACCACUUGCACUCAUCCCCCAUCGAAAGUCACCUGGCACACGUGCCAUCCUUCAUGCCUCAUUUGAGCGGGAUGCAUUACCCCAGACUGAGUCCAUCCACUGCCAUGCACAAUGGGAUUUUAAACAGGAACCCACCAACUGCAGCGCUGAGCGCCCCACCGCCUCUUGUACCAGCGAGCAGCACCAGACCUGCCUCCCCACGCAGGACUACUCCACUCACAAACUCAGAGUCCAGGGACUAUUCCCCCUCUAGGAACCCCAAAGAAGUAGAGGCACGAUAGUCCCCAAUAUUGAAUUUUAAACUUGCCUGUACAUAAAACAAACAAACAACAACAACAACAAAAAAAAACACAAACAGGAAAAAAAAAAAACAAACAAAAAACAAACCUUUUACAAAAUGCACUGCUGUAAACUUUUUUUUUUAAUGUAAAAUUUGUAGAAGUUAAGCACAUUUCCAUAAAUAACGGGGUCGGGGAUGCAGACUUUCCAACAAGAAGGUUGCUGAGAAUGGGAAUUUAAUAUAUAGGUAUUGAUUUUUGUUUUUGUUUUUUGUUUCUGUGCUUAAAAAAAAAUGAGUUAAAAAUAUCAAGUUUGUACAUUUUUUCCCAAAUGUGAGAAACAUUUUUAAUGGAUUUGUAUUUUUUUUAAUUUUGUGCUCUUUAUUCACUUAAAAAAAGAAGAAAUUUUGCUUUCGUUUUUAGUUAAAUUUGCAUUUUAAAGGCCUCAGAUCCUUAAGA